AUGGCAUUCAAACGAUGUUUGUCUGCAUCACCAUUAUCAUCAUCAGAACAUAUCAAUAACGAUACAACUGUAAGAACACAAUUGAAAAAAUCAUCUAAUUCAGGUAUUUGUCGUGUAUGUGGUGACGUAGCACGUAUUAUUAAUUAUGGUGCACUUUCUUGUCAAUCAUGUAAAACAUUUUUUCGUCGUAAUGGACUUCGUCCACAGAAUGUUCGUCCAUGCAGCUUCAAUACCCAUUGUGAAAUUAAUAUGCAAACACGACACACUUGUGCAACUUGUCGUCUUGCUAAAUGUUUUAUGAUGGGUAUGAGUCCAGAUUUAAUUCGUAAAGAAGAUCUCAAAAUACGAAAAGGUUCAUCAUCAAAAUCAAGUAAUGUUGAACAAGUCAUACCCAAACAAAUAACAACUACAUCACAACUACCUACAUUAGAUCUUCUUCAAGGUGAUCGAUCUCAUCUUACCAAUUCUGAAUGGACAUUACUGUCAAAUAUUGUAUAUGCUCAUGAUAUAUACAGUGCCGAUCGACAAAUGCGUCUUGCUAUCGAUAAUUUAUCAAUAUAUCCUGUUGCAAUGCAUAUUAAUAUGAUAAAUCCAUUUGAAAUUGUUCGAAAAAUAUAUAUAUCAAUUCAAUCAUUUAUUAUUUCAUCACCUGAUUUUCAAAUAUUAACUCUUAAUGAAAAAACAUCACUUAUUGAACGAAAUUUACAUGGUAUUAUCGGUUUUAGUGAGAUUUCUUUUUUUCGAAAUACGGGAAUUCUUUACAAUUCUUCAUGUUUGAAAGCAUUUACAACUGUUUAUGGAUCAGAUAUGAUGUUAACAGCAAAAAAAUUAAAUGAACGAUUAGAUCCUGAUUCAACACUUAUAAAAUUGAUUCUCAUCAUAUUAGCUUUCUCGUCGAAUUGUUUAGUUUUAAAUAUAAAUAAAAGUAUGGAAGAUGAUCAUCUAUUAUAUGGAACAUUUCGUCUCUUCGGAAGUCAAAAUGUUUAUGUAGAACUCUUAUGGAAAUAUAUGAUUUAUCAAUAUGGUUAUAAUGAAUCCGUACUUCGAUUUUCCCGACUUAUACAAAUUUUUUUAUGUAUCCUACAAAAUUUGUCUACUAUCUAUACAAGCAAUAAAACUUAUCGACAAAUGACUGAUUGUACUAUCGAAGAGGCAAAACAAUUACUUGCUAUUAAUGUUAAUGAGCAAAUUCUAUUAUGGGGAAAGAUAUAA